UUCACAACUCAACAUGCCACUGGAUGAUCUCCAACCACUCCGGGUGCGAGACAUGGUCUUCUCAAACACAACUCCCCAUGAAACAAUCUCCACUAGUCUAGAACGCAUCGUGGAAUCAGUAAGGUGUUCUUCUGGUGUCAUCUUCAGCACAUUCUAUGACCUCGAAGAUGCUGAGCUCCAAAAGGUCAGUGAUAGCAUGGGUGUCCCAGUGUACGCGAUUGGUCCGCUUCACAAGAUAUCUUCAGGUACCCAGAGCAGCCUGCUAGCUCCUGAUCGAACUUGUUUGGACUGGCUGGACAAGCAGGAGGAAGAGUCUGUUUUGUUUGUGAGCUUUGGGAGCCUGGCAUCGAUGGACCAGGAAGAGCUAAUGGAGACUGCAUUGGGCUUAGCCAAUAGCCGCAUUCCAUUUCUUUGGGCGAUCAGGCAUGACUUGCUUCAUGGUUCGGAGAAGGUAGGCCUAACUGAUGGCUUUGAGGUAGAGACACGAGGUAGGGGAAUGGUGGUGAGCUGGGCCCCACAACAAGAAGUUCUUGGGCACCAGGCGGUUGGUGGAUUUUGGACCCAUAAUGGCUGGAACUCGACAUUGGAGAGCAUAAGUGAGGGUGUUCCAAUGCUAUGUAGACCCCAUUUCGCCGACCAGAUGAUAAAUGCAAGGUAUGUCCAGGAGGUGUGGAAGAUAGGAUUUGAGUUAGAAGGUAAAUUGGAGAGGGGGGAGUGAAGGAAAUAUGCCCUAGAGUCAAUAAUAAAGUUAUUAUUUAUUUCCUUAUAUCAUGAUAAA